UAUGGGAAUGCUACUGAUUUUUAUAUGUCGAUCUUGUGUCCUGCAACUUUAUUGAAUUUGUCUGACACUUCUAAGGGUCUUUUCCCAGAGUCUUUAGGUUUCUCGAGAUAUAAGAUCAUAUCAUCAGCAAAGAGGAACAAUUUGAGUUCCCUUUUCAAUGGGAUGCCCUUUAUUUCUUCCUCUUGACUGAUUGCUCUGGCUAGGACUCCAGUGCUAUGUUGAAUAAGAGUGGUAAAAAUGGUCAUCCUUGUCUUGUUCCAGUUCUUAGAGGAAAAUUUUUAGCUUUUACCUGUUCAGGAUAAUGCUAGCUCUGGGCUAAUCAUACAUGGCCUUUGUUGUUUUUAGGUACAUUUUCUUCUACACCUAAUUUGUUGAGUUUUUAUUAUAAAAAGAUGUUUAACUUUAUCAAAUAUUUUAUAGGCAUCUAUUGAGAAGUUCAUAUUGUUUUUAUGCUUGAUUGCAUUGAUGUGAUAUAUCACAUUUAUUGAUUUGCAUUUCUCAAACUAUCCCUACCUGCCUGGUAUGAAUCUCAUUUGAUUAUGAGGUAUUAUGUUUUUUUAUUUGCUGUUUGAUUCAGUUUCCUAGUAUUUUGUUGAAGAUUUUUGUGUUUAUGUUCAUCAGGGAUAUUGAAAUAAGAAAAAUAUUCUCAUUUUCUUCUCCUUGCCUGAUUUUGGUAUUAUGGUAACGCUGGCCUCAUACAAUGAGUGAGCAAGUAUUUCCUCCACUUUGUUUAUUUUUUUUUUGACUAGUUUGCAUAGAACUAGUAUUAGUUCUUCUCCUCACAAAUUGUUGCAGUAAUUAAUAUUUUGAUAGAUUUAUCUUUUAGUCUUCAUACUAAAAAUAUAAGUAGUUUACACACCACAAUUAUAGUAUUAGACUAUUCUGAAUUUGUCUGUGCAUACUUUUAACAGUGGGUUUUGUGCCUUUAAAUGUUUUCUUAUUGCAUGUUAGUGUCCUUCUCUUGCUACCUGAAGAAUCCCCUUUAGUGUAUCUUGUAAGACAGAUCCGUUGGUGAUGAACUCUAUCAGCUUUUGUCUUGGAAAGUAUUUUUCUUUGCAUCAUGCUGAAGGAUAGUUUUGCUGGGUAUAAUAUUUCAGUUUUGUUGUUGUUGUUUUUUCAUUUAGCACUUUGGAUGUACCAUCCCACUCCCUCUACUCUGUAAGGUUUCUAAGAUGUUUGCUAAUAGAUGUUUCAAAGUUCCUUUAUAUAUUAUUUACUUCUUUUCUCCUGCUUCUUCUAGAGUCAUCUCUUUGUCCUUGACCUUUGAGAAUUUGAAUAUUAUAUGAUAUAGAAUAGUCUUAUUUGGGUCAAAUCUGCUUGGUAAUCUUUAACUUUACUGUAUUUGGCAUACACUCUCCCAGACCAGCACCACACUGGGACUUGCCCACUCACCAUGGUUGUUAUGUCCAGUGGCCACUGAAAUUUACUUGGGGUCUUAGGCUAUUUUACUCAGCCAGUGGGGAAGUGGGCUAGGACUCCCACUCAGGUACCUUUGGACUGGCCAGUAGAUUCUUCUCUGGCCCAAGGAUGGUCUAAAUGUUCCCUCUAUGGGCACCAAUCUGAAAUCAAGGGCUGUAAGGACACCGUCUUGUGCUGUGUUCCAAUGUGGUAGGAACAGCACUAAGUUACAAUGCAAGGUCCAAUGCUAACUUUCAUUUCUUUCCCUUUAGCAAGCAGUUUUUUUCCUAUGCACUGUACUGCCUGAGGUUGGGGGAGAGAUGGUUUAGGCAAUGUGAGACUUACCUUUUUAACCUCUUUAAUGUGUUUUUUUCACCUUGUCAUUAUGCUAAAAUCAGGUACUGUGAUAGUUCACCUAAUAUCUUUAGCUCUUUUGAAUGUGCUUUCUUGCAUGGGUAGUUAUUCAAUCUGAUAUUUCUGUGAGAGGACAAUUGUUGAAGGGUUCUAGUUGGCCAUUUUGCUCUCUUGUCUUUUUCUUAAUUAUUUACUGGUGGUUUUGUACACGCUUUGUGUCUUUCUCCUCUCUUAUUGUUUAUCUUUGUGAUUUGAUAGUUUUCUGUAGUGAAAAUGUUUGAUUCCUUUCUGUUUCUCAUUUGUGUGUCUGCUCUACCAGUGAUUUAUACUUUUCUGUGUUUACAUGAUGGUAGAUAUUGACCUUUUGCUUCCAGAUACAGGAAUCCUUUAAGCAUUUCUUGUAAGGUCAAUCUAACAGAGAUCAAUUUUCUAAAUUUUCAUUUUUCUAGGAAAGAAUUUAUUUCUCCUUCAAUACUAAUGACUAGCUUUACUAGGUCUAGUAUUUUUGGUUUAGAGAAAUUCUUCCAACACUUGGAAUAUAUUAUUCCAUUCUCUCCUGGCCUGCUGCUGGACAAAGUGGUAUUGCUGGUGGUAGUGGCAGUGGAGCACCAGGAAGUGGCUUUCAGGCUCUGAGGAGGAUGUGAAUUGGCUCCCUCCAUUCUGGGGGCAGCACCCCUGCUGGAAAGGAUCACCUGUUCUCUAGGAUUAAGGCUCUGGGUGGAUUUGAUGCCAGGGUCAUGGCUACAUCAUUGAGUUCCACUAUGUCACUAUGCUGCAGACCUCAUGGUGGACAUGAUGAGAUGACACCUGGGCCACAAGGAUGCAGGAGCUAUUGGGCCUCAGGGAUGUGAAGAUGUAUGAGCUAUUGGGCCCUAGGAAAAGUUGUACUUUUGUGGUGAUUACACUCUCAAAAUGUUACAGUGCUUCGCUAGUCUGGAUCUCAAGGAAGGAGGAGGAUCAAGAGUAAAUUUCCACUCUGGAAUAAUGCAGUUGCAUGGACUCCACAACACUCUCUAUACUGGACUCAGGGCCUGUGAGGGCUGUGGGGCUCUCUUGUAGCCAGGACUGCAGGUGUUUAUGAUACAGAUGUGGGCUGUAAGGGAUUUCCUGCUUACCAUAUUCCCACAGCGGGCAGUCUCUCUUGGCUCCAAGCUGAUCCAUGUCAGCUACUUCACUUCCCUUGCUAUGCUGCCACCCCUAGUUUCUGUGCCUCAGAGAGUCUUUGUGUUUUCUAUGCUGAAUUCCAGUGUUCUCCUUUAGACACUCCACUCAAUAUAUAGUUAUAUAUUGUUGUGUUGGUCCUUCUUUGUGGAGGUGAGUACUAGGUGCCUCUAGUCAGCCAUUUUAUGGUGCUCUAUUUUUUCUCUUUCUACAUUUAUUAUUGUAUCUGCAUAGAAAAUGAUAAAUGAUAAGCAGAACUUAUUCUGGGGGGUUAUUGGUGAACUUGUAAGGAAGCAUAGGAGGGAAUAUUACAUUUUUGUAUUUUUAUUUUUUAGUUAUUUACAGUGUACUUAUGUUACCUGUUCUGGGGAAAAAAAUAAAGCAGAAAAAGGACUGAUACUACCCUCUCAUAAAAAAAUAAUGUUUAUACUAAAUACAAAGAUGCCUAAACCAUUUAUGAUUCUUUUUCUGAUAUUACACUUUCUCUCUUUUUCUUUGACAGCAUCUCCAUUUUUUCUCUGCCGUUCCAUUGCUAUAGCUAUGGGAAUCCAUUUCAUUAUUAUGGUAACAAUACUGAGUGCCAUAUUCAUAAAUUCACUAUUCAACCAAGGAGUUCCAAUAUCCUUGGAAGGAAGUUACUGUGGCCCAUGUCCUAAAAACUGGUUAUGCUAUAGAAAUAACUGCUACCAAUUUUUUAAUGAGAGCAAAAACUGGUAUGAGAGCCAAGCUUCUUGCAUGUCUCAAAAUUCCAGCCUUCUGAAGAUAUACAGCAGAGUGGACCAGGAUUUCCUUAAAUUGGUGAAGUCAUAUCAUUGGAUGGGACUAGUACAAAUGUCAACAAAUGGAUCCUGGCAAUGGGACGAUGGUACCAUUCUGUCACCUAACCAACUAACAGUGAUUGAAAUGCAGAGGGGAAGCUGUGUGGUCUAUGGCUCAAGCUUUAAAGGCUAUACAGAAAACUGUUCCACUCCAUACAUGUACAUUUGUAUGCGGAGAAUUAUGUAAGUACUUAAUCAACCAUCUCAACAAAAGCCAGAAAAAUAGAAAGGACUCUACCAGCAGAAGCAUGGCUGUGCCGAACUAAAGAAAAUAGAAAAAACAGGACAACAUGAAAAAGGACGGACUAUCAGAUUUCUUAGAACCUACAAGACCAGGCCAUAGAGCAAUUCAGCUGUGAACAUUCUCCAAGACAAGGGAAGAAGGACUCUGAAGGCAAUUCAGAGAUUGUCAACGCUGCCACUCUUACCACAGGCCCAGAUUGCAUGGACUAGGGGAGGGGACUAGUCUUGAUUCAAAAGGCGAGACCAACCCCCUGGGAGCAGUGAGGGAGGGGUGGCUCAGCCGAGUUCUGGGGUUACAUACCCACCUCCACAGAAAACUGCUGCACGAGUAGGGUCACAGCAGAGCCACACAGUGUGAGCAGUGCCUUGCCCAGCUGUGGGGGUGGUGUGACACCCCAGUG